GCGUUUCGAAUGCCGCCGAUGACUCUAGUAGGACGGUGCGUGUCCUGUUGAUGUAUACUGACAGACCAUCUUUCUUUAUGGGAUUCCAUUCUUCUUACGCGAGGGUGUCACCAAGUGUCAGUUCUGAAGUUUCGAGGCCUGCGGAAGGUAUUUAGACGUAGAAGUAACGAUGAUUGAGGCUGGUGAGUAGUAAGUAGUUUCGGGGUAACGAUUGGCCGAGUUCCGGCUCUACGUGAACUUUUGGUGGCAUAGCAUAAUGGUUGUAUCUGCAACAGCGUUGUCUCCCCGACUUCGCGACCCAUGAACAAUGCGCCUUCAAGAAUUACUCCUCCUCCCGGCUAUACUCAUUCCGACCGUGCAAGCCAUCUUCGCUGAUGACGCCUAUCACGUCGACUACCACUGGGCUCUAGUAGGCCAGCCUCAACAACACGCAACCUUCUUCCAGCAGCCAUUUGCCGGCUCCAAGGCAUCUCUCAUAUACACCCUAUCAGCCCAUAAUGUGUUGGCGGCUAUAAAUCCCAAAGAUGGGUCCGUCGUGUGGAGGCAAUUGCUGACACCCAGCACCAACUCUUCGCAAACUUUUCUCGCGGCUGGUGAGGGUCAAGAUACUCUUAUAAGCGCGGUGGAUGGGCAGGUAGCAGCAUGGAGCUCAUCCGAUGGUCGAAUGGUGUGGGAGAAACAGCUUGGUACCUCAAGAAUUAAAGACGCAGAAAUUAUCGAUUUCGAGGAUGGGAAGCAGGCGUCAACAAGCAAAGAUGCCAUAGUGCUAAUGGAAGGCGAAACACCUACUGUCAUGCGGCUGAAUGGUGCUACUGGGAAAACCAAAUGGCAAUUUGCAGACACCAGUGGAGACGUGCCCUUCCAACUUUCCUCUUCCGCGACCAGCGUUUACUAUAUAGCGCAUCACGGUACGUUUCUGGGCGGGUACAAGAUCAAGGUUUCGUCAUUGAGUCCGGUGAACGGGGACAAGCUGGACUCGUACACGCUGAGCUCCGACAGCGAAGUAUCUUCUCCGGAGUCGAUUCUGUUCGCCGGAGCCAACACUGCAUCACCGCUGCUUGUAUGGGCGGAUAAGGCCCACAAAGUUCUCAAGAUCAACAUCAUAGGCACCAAAGGGGUUGCUUCUUUCAACAUCGAGAACAAAGGAUCUGGAGAGAUCGAGCGCGUCACCGUCCACGCGCCCUCAAGAAUAACAUCAUUACCUCAUUUCUUGGUCCAAUAUCAGACCUCGCUGAGCCAAUGGGCGGAGGUCUAUCAUGUUGAUGUAAAUAAGGGUACUAUUUCGAAAGCAUAUGACAUUCCCAACAUGUCUGGAAAUGGUGCCUUCUCCACAAGCACCGUUGAUGCUAACGUAUACUUCACGAGGGUGACGACUGAGGAGAUGAUCAUCUACUCUUCCGCAUCUCACGGUAUUGUAGGGAGAUGGAACCGGAAGGUUCUAGGCGCUUCCACUGAGGGCGACGCCUAUCCGUUAUACGGUGUAACAGAAGCAGUCGUUCGCUCGAAUACAGCGCAAGCUGUGCGAUCUGCCAUACUCUUCUCUAAUGGAGACUGGUCUCUGCUUCGCAAUGGUGAAUCACUAUGGACCCGACCAGAAGCUCUAGCUAGCACUUUAUCCGCCGUAUUUACCAGUUACCCAGAAGCAGAAACAUUGGCCCAGCAGUUGGACAUUGAAGGUCAUCAGAACGUGGUGUCAGCGUUUAUUCAUCGUCUGAUGAGACAUAUUGAUGACCUACGCCAUCUUCCCACAUGGUUCCAAAGCUUACCAACGAAUCUGAUGGCCAGCUUUGGCGGAGCGACCAUAUCACCUGACAGCAUCAAGAAGGACUCCUUUGGGUUCGGGAAGAUAGUGAUAUUGGCAACCGCUCGAAAUCGUCUCAUCGCCUUAGAUACUGCAGCCCAAGGCAAAGUUCUAUGGAAUGUCGAUGUUUCAAGUAUAGCACCGGGCUCCAAGCUCACAGCUCCACAGCUGACCUCACUUCCAAACGGCCGUGUACAGAUCACUGAUCCACGUCUAAGCACCCCAAUCAUCGUCAACGCUCUGACCGGAGAAUCAAAUAAUUUGCAAAGUGAUAUUGUGACGACAGUGCCCACUGGUCAGUUUAGCACUGUUGUCGAGUACACUUUGAAGGAUGGCGAGUUGCAAGGCCAUAUUUUUGGCCGACCUGACGAGGUGGUAUGGCAGUUUAAACCGUUGGACGGCGAACGCAUCCAUGGAAUCGCAGCUAGGCCUCUAGACGACCCUGUUGCAUCUAUUGGUAAAGUUCUUGGAGAUCGUCGCGUGCUGUACAAGUAUCUCAACGCUAACCUCGUUCUUGUCACUGGAGUGUCAGAGAUUACCAGCACCGCGUCCGUCUACCUACUCGACUCAGUUUCUGGUAAUGUACUAUAUUCCGCUAGCCAUAGGGAUGUCGACACAACAAGGUUCAUUGCCUCGACGGUGUCCGAAAACUGGCUGGCGUAUUCUUUCACGUCUGCAUCCUCGUCGGUUGGUUCUCGAGGUCAUCAAUUGGUAAUUGCUGAACUAUUCGAAUCGUCCCUUCCCAACGAUCGUGGACCGCUCGCAGCAUCCGGUAACUUUUCAAGCACUGAUCCUUCGUCAACAGUCGGAGACAUCUCAAAGCCGUACGCCAAAUCUCAAACCUACCACAUCCCAGAGGAGAUCUCGCACAUGUCCGUCACACACACUAAACAAGGAAUAUCUUCGCGUCAAAUUCUGGCUGUCCUUCCACAAUCGCAUGCAGUGGUGGGAAUCCCGCGCCAGAUUGUUGAUCCUCGCCGUCCCAUAGGAAGGGAUCCCACCGCGUCAGAGGCCAGCGAAGGCCUUAUGAAGUAUGCGCCUAAUCUUGAGUUUGACCCAAAGUGGUAUCUUAACCACAAGCGCGAGGUAUUUGGCAUCAAGAAUGUCAUCACCACACCGUCCUCCCUCGAAAGUACCAGUCUUGUGUUCGCAUACGGAUUGGAUGUAUUCGGAACACGGGUAGCCCCAAGCUUUACGUUUGACAUCCUCGGGAAAGACUUUAACAAGCCGCAAAUGCUACUCACUGUCGCUGCUUUGGGCGUUGGCGUGUUGGUGGUAGCGCCGCUGGUUAAAAGGAAGCAGAUUAAUGCACGAUGGACUACAUAGUACGGAGAACUAGCAGAGCCAUAGAUAUAUCCACACCAAUAGAUGCCCCAUAGAUGGUAAUCAGAACCAUUUCAAUCCU